AUGGAAAAGGGAAAUCACUCGGAGGUGACUGAGUUCAUUCUCUCAGGACUGACAGAUCGUCCGGAGCUGCAGGUCCUCCUGUUUGGGGUGUUCCUAGUGGUUGAUGUUAUCACCCUGGUGGGAAAUGGGGGGAUGAUCUUCUUAAUCACCAUUGAUCCCCGACUCCACACCCCCAUGUACUUUUUCCUCAGUAAUUUGUCUUUCUGUGACCUCUGCUUUUCCUCGAUAAUUUCCCCUAAGAUGCUGCAAAAUUUCUUAGCCGAGAGGAAAAGCAUUUCUUACACUGCCUGCGCUGUGCAACUAUAUCUCUCAAUUGUUUUUGGAGAUGUUGAGUGCCUGUUGCUGGCUGUGAUGGCGUAUGACCGUUAUGUGGCCAUCUGUAACCCGCUGCUCUAUACGGUCACCAUGUCCAGGCAGCUUUGUAACCAACUAGUGGUUGGGGCAUACGCUGUGGGGUUUGUGGAUUCAAUGAUUCAGUGUUUUACAUUUCGGCUGUCAUUCUGCAGCUCCAACAUCAUCAAUAACUUCUUCUGUGACGUCCCCCCCCUGUUGGCGCUCUCCUGUUCUGACACCCGCAACAAUGAGAUUGCGAUGUUUGUUUUUAUGAGCUGCAUUCUAGUGAGCAGCCUUGUCACUGUCCUCCUCUCCUAUGUCUAUAUCAUCUCCACCAUCCUGCAGAUCCGCUCCGCCGAGGGCCGGCACAAAGCCUUU